GCGGAGCGCAGCGGUAGCAGCGGCGGCCGCGUCGCGCCCCGCGGCAAAGGCUCCGGCCGCGGUCAGGCGGCGCCGGGGCGCGGCGGGGUCCUGCGGGCGCGGGGGGCCAUGGCGGCGGGCGGGGCGCUGCUGCUCAACGUGCGCUCGCCGCCGAGCCGGCAGUCUAAGGCUCCGAAAAGAAAGCUGCAGUCACCACAUGGAAACCCACCUUCGAAACGGAAAUGUAAGCCUUCAGCAAGCUCCUUCAAGAAACGCGCUACAGAAGAUGACAUCAGGGAAAACAGAAACUCAUCAAAAAAACCUCUUCCAAAGAAGCAGUCGUCUGACAGCCGAAAUGAGACCCCGAAAAGCAGACCUUUUGUUAAGACGUCCAACUUGUUUAAAAACAACCCUGAUAUCCCAGAAAUUCACAGAAAAGCAGUGCAGCAGGUGCAAGAAGAUGUUUUCACUUCAGAUUCUUUCAGCCAGCUGGACCUCCAUCCCCACCUGAUAUCCACAAUAACCACUGUCUUGAAGAUAUGUAGCAUGACCAGUGUUCAGAAGCAAACAAUUCCUGUGCUGCUGCAAGGCAAAGAUGCUUUAGUGAGAUCUCAGACUGGUUCAGGUAAAACUCUUGCCUAUGGGAUUCCACUUGUACAGUCCUUGCAAGGAAUGAAACCCAAAAUACAGCGCAGCGAUGGGCCUUAUGCACUCAUAUUAGUCCCAACAAGAGAGCUAGCACUCCAGAGCUUUGAAACUAUGCAGAAGCUACUCAAGCCAUUUGCCUGGAUUGUGCCUGGAGUGCUAAUGGGGGGAGAAAAAAGAAAAUCAGAAAAAGCCAGAUUACGUAAGGGGAUAAACAUCCUCAUUUCAACUCCUGGCCGCCUGGUUGAUCAUAUCAAGUCCACAGAAUGUAUUCAUUUUCGUCGCACUCAGUGGCUGAUUAUUGAUGAAGCAGACAGGAUCCUGGACCUGGGCUUUGAGAAAGAUGUUGCUGUGAUACUCAAUGCUUUAAAUGCUGAGAGAGAAACACGCCAGAAUGUCCUGCUCUCAGCCACCCUCACAGAAGGAGUAACACGGCUGGCUGAUAUCAGUUUGAAUGAUCCCGUCAGCAUUUCCAUAGCAGAUAAAAUCCAGGACAGGCUCAAACCAGCAUCACAAGAAGGUAAAGACGCCAUUAGUUCAUCAACCUUCAUGGACCAGGAAAACUUUGCUGUUCCAGAGAAGCUCAAGCAGUAUGUCAUAAUGGUCCCCAGCAAAUUGAGGCUCGUCACUUUAGCAGCUUUUAUCCUCGAGAAGUGCAAGUUUGAAAAACGCAAUAAGAUGAUCGUCUUUUUCUCCAGCUGUGAACAAGUGGAAUUCUACUAUGAGCUCCUCCUAAAGGUCCUUUCAGGAGGUCUAGAGUCUGAACAGCAUGAAUGUUUGUCUGUCUCCUCUGCAGGCUUCCAAUUUCUACGACUGCAUGGCAACAUGGAACAGGAAGAAAGAACAGAGGUGUUCCAGGAGUUCCUAAAAUCCAAGACUGGCAUCUUGCUUUGCACUGAUGUUGCAGCACGUGGACUAGACCUGCCUCAAGUUACAUGGAUUAUACAGUAUAACGCUCCGGCUUCACCUGCGGAAUACAUCCACCGGAUUGGGAGGACGGCUCGCAUUGGCUGUCACGGGAACAGCCUGCUUGUCCUGGCGCCUUCGGAGGCAGAAUAUGUCAGCUUGCUGGCUUCUCACAAGAUUAAUGUCUCAGAGAUAAAGAUGGAGAAGGUGCUCUCCAGCCUGAUGAAAGAUAAUCGUUUCAAAUUGUCCAGAUCAGGAAACAAGAAAUCCUGUGGCACAAACCCUCAGGAAGUCCGGGAGCGGGCCACGGUCUUGCAGACAAAAUUCGAAAAUUACGUUCACUCCAGCGAGGGCACCGUCCGGUGGGCAAAGAAAGCACUGCAGUCUUUCCUUUGUGCCUAUACCACCUACCCCAGAAACCUCAAGCACAUCUUCCACAUCAAGUCUCUCCACCUGGGUCACGUGGCCAAGAGCUUUGGCCUGAGGGAUGCUCCCCAGAACCUGAGCGCUCUUCCAACUGUUGGCUUAAAGAAGAAAAUCAAAGCAAGACAAAAAAGGUCUGACCUUCUCAAGAAGACCCAUGGCAAACGUCGCCUUGCUGAGAUCUUGCGAUCAGAAUAUUCCAGUGGGAUGGACACUGGGGUAUCCAAGGUCAAGAAGAAGAAAAAACAGAGAAAACCUGGCAACCAGAAGAUUCCAACAUAAGUCGGGACCUUCCAGUCGUUUGCUGUGAAACCUGCUGGAGUGCCUCAGCUGGGGGUCAGGGUGACCUGCCAAAUCAACUGAGGAGUGUUUCAAUUUAUCAGGCAAAUACGGGAGGGAUCUUGGGGGAUCUCAGCCUCCUCCCCCUUGCUCCAUAGGUCCAAAUGGAAUUGAAUCCAGACAUGUCCUGUUGCACUGCUGCAAUUAAAUGCAGCUUCCUGAAGAUGUAUCAUGUUUCUAAGGUUUCUUUGCAAGGAAAAUAAAAGAGAUUAAAUAUG